AUGGACGUGGAGAAGUCGUCGCUGUGCAAUUGCGUGGUUAACUUUCUUCUGGAGGAGAACUACUUACUUACAGCAUUCGAGCUUCUCCACGAGCUUCUUGACGAUGGCAGAGACGAUCAGGCCAUUCGUCUCAAGAACUUCUUCUCUGAUUCCUCCCAGUUCCCUCCCGAUCAGAUCUCUCGCUUCAACACUCUCAGAGUUGCAGAUCCUCAAACUUUGCUUCAGGAGAAAGAAGCGGUAGAAGAAAAAUUAGCAAUUACUGAAUAUGAGCUCCGUUUGGCCCAAGAGGACAUUUCGAAAUUCAAGACUGAAUUGCAGAAGCAAGCAGAAUCACCUGUAACUGAACUGAGGGAGUCAAAUGCCAGUGUAAAUAAUGGACCCCAAUUUCACCGGCAAAAGACAGAUGUCUCCUUCUCGGAUUUGGGUCCCUUGAAAGACAAUGAACGUCAAGAUCUGAACUGCGCUGUAAAGGAAUAUUUGCUAAUAGCAGGUUACCGUCUUACUGCAAUGACAUUUUUUGAAGAGGUCACAGAUCAGAAUCUAGAUGUUUGGCAGAACUCACCCGCAUGUGUACCAGAUGCCCUGCGCCAUUAUUAUUAUCAGUAUCUUUCAUCCACUACAGAAGCUGCUGAGGAGAAAAUUUCCAUGCUUCGGAAAAAUGAGUCGUUGUUGGAGGAAAAUGAGAAGCUCAAUCAUGAAAAGAUGUGUUUGGUUAAAAACAAAGAUAUGGCUGAAGGACAAAUAAGUGCACUCAACAAAUCAUUGGAAUCUCUUCAGAAGGACCUUAAAGACAAAGAGAACCUUGUACAAGAUUUAAGGCAGUCCCUGGAGCACCAAAGGAAGGAGCUCAAUGGUUGUAGAGCUGAAGUCACUGCUUUGAAAAUGCACAUUGAAGGAUCUGGUUCGGGACAAAAUAUGGUAGCCACUGAUGUUGAUCAAUCCCUGUCAUUGGAAAAAUACAAAGAUGAAGUCAAAUCACUGCAGAUGGAACUAGAAAUUUUAAGAUCCAAAAUCGCAAAUGUAGAUUCCACCCAAGCUGGGAAAGAGUCCAUGCAGAUGGAAGAAAAGGUUCUAGUCAUGGAUGAGGAGAAAAGUAUAAUCCAGCAUCCAGAUGAUGCAAUAACAAAAGUUGUGAAAGAAGCUGAUCAUUCAAUAGCAGAUGACAACCUAAUUACACCUAAGGAUGUCUCGGAAGAAUAUUCAGUAGAUCCUUCGAAUGGUAGUGGUGCCUUGACAAAUGGUGGAAGUGUUUGCAAACAAAAGGAUGUCUCGGAACCAUCUACAUCUAGCAUGUUGCAUCCAACAACAGAGGAGGGUCUAGAGACCAUUCAGAUCCUUGCUGAUGCCUUACCCAAGAUUGUUCCUUAUGUUCUAAUCAACCACCGCGAGGAGCUACUUCCUCUGAUCAUGUGUGCUAUUGAGCGCCAUCCAGAGAGCAGUACUCGAGAUUCCUUGACCCACACAUUGUUUAAUUUAAUCAAACGUCCAGAUGAGCAGCAAAGAAGAAUUAUAAUGGAUGUAAGCUGAUGUUCUGAGUGCUGUGCCUGUGUCAGCCUUGCUCAGAAUGUAGGAGACAUGAGAACAGAAACAGAAUUGCUUCCUCAGUGUUGGGAGCAAGUAAGUUUUGGGCCUCAAUUUAUAAAUCAUACAUAUGAGGAGCGCAGGUUGCUGGUUGCUCAAUCAUGUGGAGAGCUAGGAGAGUUUGUUCGGCCUGAGAUCCGUGAUUCUCUUAUCUUGUCUAUUGUUCAACAACUCAUAGAAGAUUCUGCAACUGUUGUCCGGGAGGCUGCUGUACAUAAUCUUGCAUUGCUGCUUCCACUCUUUCCAAAUAUGGACAAAUAUUUCAAGGUCAGCCUCACUUUGUAGGUUGAAGAAUUGAUGUUCCAAUUGGUCUGUGAUCCCUCUGGAGUGGUGGUGGAAACUACACUCAAAGAAUUAGUCCCUGCGGUAAUCAAGUGGGGACAGAAAUUAGACCAUGUUUUAAGGGUUCUCCUCUCUUAUAUAUUGAGCUCUGCUGAGCGCUGCCCUCCGCUUUCAGGGGUUGAAGGGUCUGUGGAGUCACAUCUUCGUGUGUUAGGAGAACGAGAACGCUGGAAUGUCGAUGUUUUAUUAAGAAUGCUACUGGAAAUGCUUCCCUCUGUGCACCAGAAAGCAAUUGAGAUGUCCCCAUUUUCUUCUGAUCCUGAAACAACUGGAACAAUAUUUUCUACACCUUUCCUUGAAUUGUAUGCUGGGGGACAUGUUCAGUUGCCUGCUUUUGAGUGGUUGCAUGUUGACUGCUUACCCGACUUAAUACAGCUUGCCUGCUUUCUACCUCCAAAAGAAGAUACUUUGCGAAAUCGAAUCACCAGGUUUUUGUUGGCUGUAUCUGAACACUACGGGGAUUCUUAUUUGACACAUAUAAUGCUGCCUGUAUUCCUUAUAGCCAUUGGGGAAGAUGCUCAAUUGACAUAUUUCCCAUCUUCAAGCCAUUCCAAAAUUGAAGGUAGUAAGAAACAAAUUUUGCUGAAAUGCAUUCACAUUCUUGUGCCAACUUUAAUUGUUUCUGUUAAAACAGGUUUGGCACCAAGGACUGCUGUGGCUAAGAGACUGGCUACUAUGUGCAUCCUACCUCUUUUCUUGGCUGGAGUUUUGGGUGCCCCAAGCAAGCACGAGCAAUUAGUGGAGUACUUGAGAAAGCUAUUAGUUGAAGGUGCGGGAAAUCAGUCGACAAAGUGCAAUACUGAGAUUGUUGAUGCUGUCCGCUUCCUGUGCACAUUUGAAAUUCAUCAUGGGAUGAUAUUCAAUAUACUCUGGGAAAUGGUUGUCAGCUCCAACAUAGAUAUGAAAAUCAAUGCUGCCAAUCUGUUGAAAGUUAUUGUGAGUAUAACCAUUCUUUGAGCAUCCUCACUCUUUGUUCCAUAUAUCGAUGCAAAAGUUGCAUCUACUAAUAUAUUGCCUGCCCUAGUAACUCUGGGCUCCGACCAAAACCUGAGUGUGAAGUAUGCUAGCAUAGUCGCCUUUGGAGCUGUCGCCCAACAUUUUAAAAAUGAUAUGAUUGUCGAUAAGAUACGAGUUCAGAUGGAUGCUUUUCUUGAAGAUGGAUCCCAUGAAGCUACCAUUGCUGUAGUUCAUGCAUUAGUAGUUGCUGUGCCUCAUACAACAGAUAGACUUAAAGAUUAUAUCCUCAACAUACUUCCUGGGGAAAUUGUUUUAUUUCCUUUUGACACAACAUGUUCCACAUAUUGACACAAUAUUUACAUGAUCAUCUUUCACCUUACAGGCACUCUGCCUGCUAGUGACAUGAUGCGACGUCGUGAGAGAGCAAAUGCAUUUUGUGAAGCAAUCCGUGCUUUAGAUGCAACAGAUAUUUCAGCAACCAGUGUACGAGACUACCUCCUACCGACCAUCCAGAACCUAUUGAAAGACUCAGAUGCACUGGAUCCAGUACACAAGGAAGCCCUUGAAAUUAUAAUGAAGGAGAGAUCUGGUGGAACUUUUGAGACCAUCAGUAAGGUGAUGGGUGCUGGACUCGCCUCCUCUGUGAGUAGUUUCUUUGGUGAAAGUGGGUUAUUGGGAAAGAAAGAUAAUGUUGAGCCACUGCCAGAGCCAGUUGAAUCCCCGAAGUCUGCACCAACGCCACCAGCAGAGGACACUAGAUUAAGGCGCAUUAUGAGGGGUAAUUUCACUGACAUGCUCAGAGGCAAAGUAAAGGGCCAAGACGAAACUCAGAACCAAUAAGGCUUGCUGUUCUGCAUCUCCUUCCCAGGUGGAUAUGGUUCACAACUGGGUCAAAGUUGUGAUCUGAUGGAUGCAAGGGAAUUCAUUUGACCAUUUUGUUUCAUUUUUUUAUUUUAUAUUUUAUGUUAAAGUACUAAAUUCUCAUUGACGUGAAUAGGAGUUGCAUUCUUUCAUAACUAGAUCAUGAAUACAUAUAGGAGGCAGUGACUCCCAUGAUGUGCUUCAUAAGCAUAGCUUGCUAGUCUGUGUGCUAUACCAUUGUGCGACCUGGGCGCAUAUAAGAGUUUUACACCCUGCAUGUAACUAUUUUUUGGUUAUAAUUUCACCAGAUUACCGAGUCCCUGGGAGACCUUCAGUAUUACUGGUGAUAUCUUGGACUGCUAA